AUGAACUUGGUGGAGCAGUUAACCAGCUCAGUCCUCUGUGCAUCCCGCCUGCUGGCCGUGCUCAUUCCAGCCAGGAUGGCAUCCUGUCUGGCCCUGCGCAUGGCGCUGCUGCUGGUCUCUGGGGUCCUGGCCCCUGCGGUGCUCACAGCCGAAGGUCCGCAGGAGCCCGUGCCCACCCUGUGGAACGAGAACGCCGAGCUGCCAUCAGGAGAAGGCCCCGUGGAGAGCACCAGCCCCGGACGGGAGCCCGCCGAC